GCCAUGACUAGUUAUAUUAUUAAUAAUAUUAUUAUUUUUAAAAAAUAGACUUGGCCAGUAAAUAAUAUUGGCUCUCUUGCUGAAAUCGGAAGUUGAAACCUCUGCCAUAACCCACUUUUUCAACUUCUCGUCUUCUUCACGUCUCCGCUGCCAAGCAAACCCACAAUCUCUACCUCAGGUUGUCUCUGCCCUUAAAGAAUUGGUGGACAGUUGUGGUGGUUUUUGACAUUUCUGAAGAAAUAGGUCAGAAAUGAAUCAGAGAGGCUUAAUAUAUAGCUUUGUUGCAAAAGGAACUGUUGUUCUGGCAGAGCAUACACCAUAUUCAGGGAACUUUACUACUAUUGCUGUCCAGUGCUUGCAGAAGCUGCCUUCAAACAGUAGCAAGUAUACUUACUCCUGUGACGGGCAUACAUUCAACUUUUUAAUUGAUAAUGGAUUUGUCUUCCUUGUUGUUGCAGAUGAAUCAGUCGGGAGAAGUGUGCCUUUUGUGUUUCUGGAGCGUGUGAAAGAUGAUUUCAAACAGCGUUAUGCUGGGAGUAUUAGGAAUGAGGAAGCACAUCCACUUGCUGAUGAUGACGACGACGAUGAUUUAUUUGAAGAUCGAUUUAGUAUUUCAUACAAUCUGGACAGGGAUUUUGGGCCAAGGCUUAAGGAGCACAUGCAAUAUUGCAUCAACCAUCCAGAAGAAAUUAGCAAGCUGUCCAAAUUAAAGACUCAAAUAACAGAAGUCAAAGGGAUAAUGAUGGACAAUAUUGAGAAGGUCCUGGAUCGUGGGGAGAGGAUUGAACUUCUGGUGGAUAAAACAGAGAAUCUACAAUUCCAGGCGGACAGCUUCCAGAGGCAGGGCAGGCAACUGCGACGGAAGAUGUGGCUGCAGAACCUCCAGAUGAAGCUGAUGGUAGGAGGGGCAAUCCUUGCCCUAAUCCUGAUAUUAUUGCUUAUAUUCUGUGGCGGUUUCAAAUGUUGAUAGCAAUGUAAGAAUGCUCUGGUAGCACUGGGGUUUUUCUUUUUCUUUUGGUGUAUAAGAAAGUUCCAUUACCUGUACAUGGAGACUGGUGCAGCAAAUUAGUAUUCCACUAUCUGCUCUACUGCUGUACUACCUGGUGGUAUCUGUGUUUAUAGCACUUCCCGAUAAUAAUGUAGAAAAUUAGUGCAUUGACUAUUGUUAUAUGCUUUA